AUGUUCAGAACUCUCCUCGUCACUGCGUUUUUUGUGGCGUCGUCGUUUGCGGGGCCAGUCGGUAAGGUAGACUUGCAAUCUCCAAGACUUUUUUACAAAAUGGUUGUUAUGUCGUUGUAGAGAGUAAGCAAAGUUUCUUUAGACCCACACAUUCAAGAUUCGGAGUUGAACAUCCCGGAUCCAGUCGAAGUCUCUAAAGACGAUGCCAAGGCUUUUGCUUCGUACAGCUUCCUUGCGGAUUCCAUUACCAAGGCCUCCGAACUGAAAGCGUCCCCAUGUAGCGACUUCUAUAACUACACUUGUCAACAUGUUGGAGUCUACAACUACUUGAUGGGAAUGGAGGAGGAUAAUAAACGCCGCAUCAUUGCUGGGUUGAAGAAAACUGGAGUAAGUGAAAUUUUAGGAUCAUUUGUUACAGUCGGCGUUUUUUAUUACGUGACUUGUUUUAGGAAGCUGCCUGGUAUCGCUCUUUGAAACAGGAAUUUGAUAAAUGCGUUAACCGUGUGCGAAAAGGCCUCCACGAAAAUGGAAAGGCCCUUCGGAAGAUCUUUGAGGAAGUCAACGCCGAGUUGGGUCCAGUCUUCCCAUUGAUGGAGAAUUCCGCCAGUUUUGCUUUGGACGCUUCUCGCCUCGGUGAAUUUGUGGGACUAUUGGCCCAGAAAUUCCGCUUGAACACCUUCCUCAGUUACGACAUUCAAGCCGGAAAGCUCAUGCUUAAUGAUCCUAAAUUAGCCUUCCCUGAGAGCUACUUUGUCAAAUCCUUCAAAAAAUUCGGAUCCGAAUAUAAGGCUUCCAUUAAGGACUACCUCACCCAGUUAGCUGAGGCUUUGAACAAAGAAAUCAGCGAGGCUAAGCUCAACCAAGUCAUCGACGAUGUUGUGAAGUUUGAGAGCGACUUGGCUCUCCUCCUUAGCGAGGUUUCCGACGAAAUCCCAGUCGCCGUUCAGGCUUCGGAAUUGGCUGAAAACAACAGAGCCAUUGAUGUCAACGCCUUCUUGGCCAGAAUCUCGAAGAACGCCGGAAACGCUGGUGCCUUAAUGACCGGUAAUACCAGGAUCCUCUUGACCGCUCCGUCCAAGGUUCAGUUGGUACAAACCUACCUUUCCCAAGCCAACCCCACGACUAUCCUCAACUACCUUAACAUCCGUUUGGCCAGAAGCUUGAGAAAAUACUUCAUGAGAAAGCCCAAGGAGUGUGUUGCUGAUCAAUGGCUCAGACAAGGACAUGGAAUUAAGUCCGUCGGAGUUCUUCCACCGGCACCCCAGCGUGACCCGUACUUAAGCGCCGACGCCGCAAAUGACGAGAUUGAAGAGGUUUGUCUGAUUGUUAUAUCGGACUCCCAUAGAGACGCCGUUGACCGUGUUUAUCUGGAUGCUAGCUUGCCAGACAAACAAGAAAGAAAAGACUUUGUGGAAAGAAUUAAGGUGAUCACCAACAAGAUCAUCAACGGAUUCCGUUUCCAAAUUGACCAGCUUUCUUGGUUCAGCCAAAAAGUUAAGGCCGCCGCCUACAAGAAGAUCGAUUCUAUGCUGUACCAUGUUGUCUAUGAUGAUUGGAUUGAAGACGAUGCCCUCCUAGACGAAAGGUACGCCCGGCUUGUUGGAGAUGGUAAGUAAACAACAUACUACAAUAUUCGUCUGAGAUCGUUUUUUAUGGCGCAUUCUUUAGAUACAGAUGAUGAUUUCACCGCCAUCCAAAAGAUGAACGACUUUGCUCAAGCCGAAAAGUGGGCCACUGUUAUGGACAAGAACCGUAACUGGAACUUCACCUACGCUAUCACCACUGUCAAUGCCUGGUACUACCCUAGCCUCAACCACUUUUACAUUCCUCUCGGUAUCCUUCAACGCCCCCUCUUUGAUCUUCACUACCCAGCCGCCGUUCAAUACGGAUGUAUCGGUUACGUCAUCGGUCACGAAUUGACUCACGGUUUUGACUCCAAUGGCGUGAACUACGAUGACCAAGGUGACCCAAACCCAUGGAUGGACCUACCAUCUAAGGCGAAGUUUAACGAGAUGGCCCAGUGUGUCAUUAAUGAAUACAACAAGCUCCAUGGCCGAGGAAUAACAACCCAGACCGAGGAUAUUGCCGAUAACGGAGGCAUUCGCUCUGCUUUCAACGCAUACAAGGCCGAACAAGGUCUCUACGGUCCUGACCCACAACUCCCAGGAUCCCCUCUGAACCAGUUCAGCCAAGAUCAACUCUUUUUCUUGGGAUUCGCCCGCACUUGGUGCUCUGAUGAUCCCGGGUUUGAUUAUCCUUUCGAUCCUCACUCCCCUCUUCUCGCCCGUGUUUUGGGAACCAUUCAAAACACUCCCGCAUUCCAGGCCGCCUUCAAUUGCCCAGUAGGAUCUGUGUACGCUCCCAAAGAGCACUGUGACGUGUGGGCUUCUGAAGUAAAAUACUAA